CAGCCCGGGGCCGCCGGGGAUGGCGGGCCCGCCGCAGGUGGAGGAGCCCUUAUCGCGGGGCUUCUCGGAGGAGCAGUUUCGGGCCGCCUGCCGGGAGCUGGAGCAGCCGGCGCCGGCCGCGGCGGGGCCCUGGCAGCUCCUGGUGGAAACCAUGGGCGUGCGGAUCUACCGGCUGUACCAGGAGGAAUCAGGACUUUAUGAAUAUAAAAUCUUUGGUGGUCUUGCUGACGUUCCCCCAAAAUUGUGUGCAGAUGUCUACAUGGACUUGGAUUUCAGAAAAGAGUGGGAUCAGUAUGUUAAAGAACUGUAUGAGGAAACAUACGAUGGUGAAAAAGUAAUCUACUGGGAAGUGAAGUACCCUUUUCCUCUCUCAAACAGAGAUUAUGUCUAUAUUCGGGAAUGCCGGGAGAUGGAUGUGGAUGGCAGGAAGAUCUGGGUUGUGUUAGCAAAAAGUGUGGCUGUUCCUCAGUGCCCUGAAAAGCCUGGUAUUAUCAGAGUUAAAAGCUAUAAACAAAGCCUGCUAAUUGAAAGUGAUGGCAAGGCUGGAUGUAAAGUCUGUAUGUACUAUUUUGAUAAUCCUGGUGGCAAGAUUCCAUCCUGGCUGGUCAACUGGGCUGCCAAGAGUGGUGUACCUGCUUUCCUGAAGGACAUACAGAAAGCUUGCCUUAAGUAUUCUAAGAGCACAUAGGCGUUGAUAUUGAUCUCGUUUGAUUCAUAGAUCUCUGCUCUUAUAGGAGCAGCCAUUACAUAUUACCCUGGCUACAAUCUACCUCUAAUAUUGGAAAGAAUCUUAUUUUAGUUGAGUUAUGUCUUGAGAUUUAUUAGAUUUUUUUUUCCAUCUCCACGUGAAGAGCUGUCCACUGGCAAGGUAACACCACCAUCAGCUGCAGCUUUUGAGAGUACUCCAGUUUAGCCUUGUUCCCCGUGCUUUGCUUAUGCUGGUUGUCAGGUGUCAUCUAGAGGAGUUCUGUGAUGGAUGUGUCACAUCCUUGCACAAGAGGCAACAAUCUUACUAGAAAAAUGUCUGAACUUGGACUGCAAAUUGUCUGCAUGUGUUACCCCUGGAUCUGCCUUUGUUACCUUCCUCCUGAAACUCAGUAAUGGAGCUUGAAUUGCAUAGGAGGAAAUGCUUUUGCUACCUAAGUUUGUCAUUCUUAAACUCUCUGCCUGGUAUAAACCUAAAAAAUGCUGAAGGAUGAGGUAAAUAACUAGAAAUAUGCAGUAUGAACUGGAAGUCUGUGAUGCUAAGCUCCCUUAAAUCCAGAUGUGAAAUGAUCAAGCCUAAGGCCUUGCAUUCACAGCUCCACACUUCUGCAUGAAAAGUAAAAACCCUUAGCUGUGUCCAGCUAGAAGAAAAAGGAGGAAGUGACUUCUUGAACAUCUGAUUUAAGGGGAACAAGUUUUAUCUUCAGAGUCAGUAGCCUUACCUAUCAGGCAGCUUGGAUAUCAACUUGAAACUGGAAGUAAUUUUAUACUGGGUGCUUGCACUGAAUGUGGAUGAGCUUGAUGUGAAACUUGGGCUUGCUUGCAUUUUUAAAUUUCAUGCUGAUAUAAAGAAUGGAUAGUGAUGCACUAAAAGCUUAACUGAUCAGGAAAUUAAAUUUCCAGCACCUUUUUUAGUGGGGGGAGGGGGGCAGGGAGCGCAUAAAAGAAUAAGGGGGCAUAAUUCUCAGGGAUUUAAAAUAUUCUAAAUUGUUCCUAAAUCUAAUCCUGUUUCUGAAUAAGUCUGGUAAUGGAAUAGCUUUGUCUUGUUAAAAAAUAAACAAUUGAAAUUAUUGCCUUUAUACUUUGUGUAAAUACUUUUGCGUCCAAUAAAUCAUUAUUUUG